AUGUUUGCAACGGCUCACAAUCAACGUUUUUACACAGUUGAGGUAACAGACAAACAAAACACAAUUUUGUUUCUGUUAAAACACAUGACAGUUAAAGAAAUUAGUGCAACAGUAAAACUAGAUAAUAUUUUACCAUGCGAAUUAUCAAAUAAAAGGUUGCACAUCAGAAAGAUGAUAAAUUUGUUUUAUGGAAAAAAUUAUGAUCAGGUAACAAUCGAUUUCAUAAUAUCUACAAUAAGAGAUCAACAAGAAUUAGAGCAAGAGUUAGUAUGUGAUAUGAAUAUCAAUGAAAUUGUUGACAAGUAUCGUGACUCAAUCACAAUUGACGAUGCCACUGAUAUUAAUUUAAUUAAUUUACUACCGUUCACUACAACAUGUAUCCAAUGCAAAAGAGUUUUAAAAACUGAAAAAGAUAAAAAUGUCACACUGAUGUGUUUAGGUACUAUUAAAACAUGCACAAUUUUUAAGAGUAAUUGUAAUGUUUGUAAAAUUGAUUAUUAUCCAACAUACUUCGAAAAUAAAAUUAUGAAAUAUAAAUACUUAUCGGCAACAGCCAUUAAAAAUAAUCAUUAUUUGUAUUUCGGAGGACAAUCAGCAUUUCAUCACGAUUUACUUGUCACAUUUUCCUCAGAUUUAAUUUUUUCUCAUGUUCCAUUCAAUAGUUUUUGUGAAUCGUAUGAUUAUAUAAUUGAAACAAUAAACCGCCAUAAUUCAAAUCAAUAUAUACCCACAACAUACCAACAACAAAAACUAGAUCCAAAAUUAUUUCAGAAUACUUGGCUGGUAUUUGAAAUGGCACGUUUUUAUUUUAUGAUGUGUGAUAAUGAGUUUUUUCAAAUACCAGCUAGUUAUGAAGGCCCAGAAAGAGACAAUUUUUUAAGACAAUACAAUGAGAAAUUUUAUUCAUUAUUUACGGGCACCAAAAACCUGACCGAAAAGUCUGCAAAUAUGACAAUGUGUGUGACAUUUCAGUCGUUGAGCUAG